GAUGUUGUUCGAUUCCGCGGUGUCGAUAGUUUAUUUCGCUCUCUUCUUCCCGCUCCAUCUCCCUCUAACAACCAUUGUAUUUCAUAUGAUCUUUAUUUUCUACUGCAAACCAAAAUAUAUCGCAUUCAACCAUCAACUUCAUCUCCAUGUUCUAAUAAAGGGUGGCUCAUUAGAGUUUUUCUGUCAAGUUCUUCCAAACUUUAUCUCCUUGAUCUCUUCACUAACCAGAGACUCCGAACUAUGGAGACUAUAAACAAAGUUUUGAAUUUGAUGAACUUUCGAGUUGUGGAGUUGUUUGAACUAUAUACUCCUAGUAAUCUUAAAGGUGAAAUUGAUUUUCAUUAUUUUUGCAGCAUUCGCAAAGUAAUCUUUUCUUCCAUUGAGGGUCAUUGUAUGGUCUUUGCACUGUAUUCAGGUAAAGCGGUGAUAGUUUCCAACAUUGAAGAAAAUACAUAUACCAUGUUAGAGGACGAUGGUGGAGAAACCCAUUGUUUUGAUGAUAUGAUACUUUACAAGGGCCAACUUUAUGUUGUGGAUAAAAUGGGAACAAUAUUCUGGUUCCAUGCUUUGUCUUUCAAGUUGGUUCAGUUUUCACCUAAAAACUUGUACUGUUGUGAAGAAAAUGGGCAUAUAAGGGUGAAUGCUUGCGAAAACAAGAAGAAAUUAGUAGAGUAUGAUGGAAGUCUCUAUGUGGUUGACCUGUAUAUUAAUGAUGAAAGAUAUUACAAAUGGGGUUACUAUUUGAAGGAUGUUUUUGUGGAAGUUUAUAAGCUUGAUCAAGAAUGGGGUAAAUGGUUAAAAGUAAAAGAUUUGGGUGAUGUUUCAUUUGUUUUGAGUAAAGACUCAAACUUUGCAUUGUUAGCUCAAGAUUAUUAUGGAUUUGAAGGAAAUUGCAUCUAUUUCUAUUUUGAUCACAAGGCUUCUUGUUUCAACUUGAAGAAUUUAGAGACUAAGGUUGCUGACAUUUUUUGGCCUUGUCCAACUUUGUUCCAUCCUGUGACCAAUUAAUUUGUAAGUAUAGUAAUGCACAUAAAUAUGAUACAUGGUUUUAGUGUCUUGUGGUGGUGACUUGUCUUUUUUUAAUAUGUAUACAGAUUUAGAUUCGGGAUGGCGCACCCUCAUGCAAGAUCGG